GUCAAACUUCCCUCAGACAACACAGAGCCGGUCACAUUCUACCAUGCAACCGCGAAGGAAUUUAUCAUGGGUGAACCCAUUGGCGAGGAAAGCGACAGCGUCUUCUUUAUCAGUGAUGUGGAGGGAUAUUUCCUCGGACUACGACUCCUUCGACUUGUGAAUGGUGUACUUGACCGGAAUGAGCCUAAUAUCCCCACCGAACUUCCCUUAGGGGAUAAAAAGAAGUGGACUAAUUGGUACAAGGAGCAACCGAAACAUGUCGAUUAUGCAUUUGAAUGGUUGGUCGAGCACUUAGACCCUUCACUCCUCUUUUCGCGAGAGUCCAAUGAAUUGCAGAGAGAAUUCAAUCAGUUUCUCACAAAGCAUGUACUCUCGUUCAUUCAUGUGAGUGAUAUCAUCGGAUGCAGCUGGGAUCCAUUCAAAGUAAGCCUGAAUCAAUUGUAUUCAAGGACUUAAAAUUAUGACAUCACCCGUACUCCACAGGGACACGAAUUGAUGCAACUCUGGGAGGCUGGACAGGAUUUGCGAGGGGGAAUCAAGGGCCUUGAUGGAUACAAUGUGUAUCGAUCCUGCCUCCCAUUCACUCCAUCAUCAUCACCCAUCUACAAGUUGUAUGGUCACCUCGCAGAUCCCAUUCGAGUCUUCAGCAUCGAUGGCGAGUUUGGUGGUCACGUCAUCCCAUUAAGUCAGGAUGCACUUAAUGCUUUAAAAAUCACGGAGGCGAAGCUGAAUGAGCUUCCAAAGAAGGUUGAUAGAGGACGUCACGACACUGUGAUCGAUUACGAAGCCGAGUUCUGUGACCAUAAUGUCCGCAAUGGCAUUGUGACCUGUGCAACACUCUCCCCAGAUGGCCAUUUCAUUACCCUUGGUUUUGGAAGUGGUGCUAUUGAGAUUGCUGAUAUCGACCAUCAGUGCACGAUCUCCCAGUUCCAAUGCAACCCCCCUAGCCAUCUAGUUUGGAUCAAAUUCUGCAAUGGCAACCACUGGAUUGCAACAGAGGACAGCGGUGGAAAUAUCGUUAUCUUUGGCGAUGAUAUCCAACCACUGAGACUCGGUACCUUGCCCAGCGACCUUUAUCCUCCUGUAGCUGCUGUUUCCGACAGUGGCUCUAUGGUCCUACGGGCCCCAGGGGAGUUGCAUGAAGGCCGCAACGACAUCGCACUCUUAUAUAUUUCUUGUGACCCCUCCAUUCAACUUCUCGCAUUGCCUCCCUUGGAAUUCCCUGAGAUUCCGACCAUUCCCAGUCAGUAUAGGCUUGGAUUCUCACCUGGAGGCCGAUAUGUUGCUGUUCACUUCUCCCAUAACGUUUUCGUCUGGUCAACUGAUUCAUGCAAGUUGAUCACUCGAUAUCGCUUCCCAGAUUCUGUGGGGUGGGUUCUCAGUGCUGGCGUUGUACCCACCGGUUCAUAUGUCACUCCUGAGACUGUACACCCUAAACUCGCCACUCCUUCAUUCCCGGAGAAAACCCUUGGUGUGAAAAACACGGAUGAAUCCUGGAUGGAGUGCCCCUUUUAUGGUUUCGAGGCCACAUCCUUGUUUGACAUCAAUGAACACCUUUCCUCCACCGUAGGAAGAGUUCCAAUCAUUGAUAGAUAUGGCAUUUGGUUCAAUGGAGGAGUUGAACUUCUCCUCCCAGAUGAGUACUGGCCGACUGACCAUAGUAAUGGGGCCUGGUACGGUGAUCGGGUGCUGAAUUGCAACUAUCCUUACUUCCCUCCAGCCAGCAAGGAUGGUACUCGGUUUAUUGUCCAAGGCAAUAUGACAGCCCCAAUCAUCAUUGACAUCAGCCAGGUCGUUUAGCGCGGCUUCUAUCAUUCCUCUCUUUACUCGAUGGCAUAGUGGUGCAUUCAAAUUUUACCUGGGAAGGUCCGGAUAAUUACGUCGUUUUAAUAGGCAGUAGUCCCCCAAUAUUCAAUAUUAUGUUUAAUUUGCUGCUACAUAUACUCCGAAUGAAAUGGAUAGAAGGAUUGGGAUGAAAUAUCUCCAGUUCAUUAUGGGGUUGCGGUAAAAGCACACCGGCCCUCCGAGUGGUACUUUCGUGGGGUUGCCUCCAUCAUCGAUACUGAUGUCUAAUCAU